AUGCCGCGAAAACUCCCACUUCGCAGGCAAAAAGCAUCACAUGCCGAAGCUCAAGACGCUUAUCCGGGCCAAGAACUCCUGGAUGCUUUGGCAAGGUUGCAGACCAACUCAAAAUACAGCGAUCUGACUAUAUUGUGUGGUCAGGAGUCUUACGCGGUUCAUCGAUCUAUUGUCUGUACACGGUCUGACUUUUUUGCAAAAGCUUGCGAUGGAAAAUUCCAAGAAGCGUUGAGCGGGGAGGUGAGGCUGGAUGAAGAGCCUGCCUUAGUGAAGCAGGUGAUCGAAUAUCUCUACACCUUGGACUACCAGGUCGAAACCCAUGUCGUCACAUCUAAUCGCGGGGAAACUGAGAAAAACGCACCGAAUCCAGUUGAAGAAGGCGCGAACUCGUUUAACGUACCGAACAGCCACAGCAUAGCCCAAAAUGAACACGAUGUUGAUGCGGCUGAGGGACAGCGCCGCUUUUGGAUCCUCUCUCGAUCAUUCCCAUCGGUGAUUGUUGAAAUAUACAAUACCACUCCUGAACAGGACCGAGGACUACGUGACAUAGCUGUACAAAUCACAAUGGAGCAUUUUUCCACACUGCGGAGUGCCAGUAAAACCGGGGUUGCCGCCUUCCAAGACGCACUUUUACAGUCUGUCCCGCAGUUCUCAUACGACUUACUUAUUGCAAUGAUGAAGAAAUACGUACCCGUUUUGGAGGGUGGUUCGGUCUGA